ACCGAAGAAGACGACAAAGUUGAGAGGUCGACAGGUAGGAACUGAGGACGCUGUCAAUGAAGCAAAUUCGCGAAGGGACGUUAAAUUGCAGUAACACUAAUUAAGCACUGACUUUUCCAUCUUUACCCCACAAGGGACUGGAUUAUUUCCGUUUUCGAGGUUCCACCACCAAGUCUCCUUCUCUCCUUUCCUGCCAGAAGAUACACCAAGUACUCUCCUGCCUGCCUCUCUGAUCACCUUGGCUGCAGUGAUCCAGUCUUCUGGAAGUUACUUCUGUCCACCGAGAGCCUGUCUCAUCUCUUCCAGAAAAGCUGCACAACACUUGUCCUGUCUCAGCUUGGCCUGCAGGUUGACGGCGCCGGUGGCGGACGUUGUUAACCAGGGCCACGACCGAUCCGCCUGACGCCAGCUGAAGCAUGAUGCAUCCAGAGCGGCCCACAACAGGCUUCACCCUUCGGAGAAGACUGGCAGAUUCAGCCCCUCGGGGCACGUUGAGCACAGGGCCUGUACAGGGCCUGAUCCAGAGUGCCAGACCUCCUUGCGUCUGCCUCCUGCUCCCCAGGGUCCAUGCAGCUGACAUGGCUUCUGCCCAGCCUGCGCAGAUGCCCUCGUCUGCCUCCUCCACCUGUGCAGUUCCUCCACACCCCAUCACUGCCAGCGCCAUCCCAAACAACAUUGGCAAGCCAGAAUUCCCAGACAAGGGCUGGGACCGCAUUAUGGAUCUCUUUCAUAAAGACGCCACCCAGAGUUACCCAGAGGAGGUGACCAACGUGAUAAAAAGUGGGCUUGUGGCUUCCAUAGCGGGCUUGAUCUAUGGAGGCCUGCCAGCGGCUCGCCAUGCUAAGCAGAGGUACAUCCAACUGAGCCAGGCAGAACUCUACACUAGUCGUGUGGAAGCAGUGCGUUUGGCCCACAACGCAGCUGUCCGAGGUUUUGUGAGAUAUGGAGUUCGAUGGAGCUGGAGAGUUGCUGCAUUUGUUUCUUUGUUCAAUUCCGUCAGCACAGGCCUGUCAGUUUACCGGGACAAGUACACCCUCAGCAAUUUUGCCGCAGCUGGAGCUGUGACUGGAGGACUUUUCAGACUGAACCUGGGCCUGCGAGGCCUGGUGGCAGGCACCAUCAUCGGAGGAGUGCUCGGGAUUCCCACGGGCGCUGUGAUCAUCAGCAUGUACUCGCUGGCAGGAGAAAGUGCCCGAGAGAGGCGACGGCGAGAGCGCAGGGAGAUUUAUGAGAUGAAACUUGCAGAGUGGGCGGCACGACUUCAACUGACAGAUGAGUUGAUAGGCGACCUGAAUGUGGGCUCACAGGCAGAGGGAACGGAACAGGACUUGAAGAAGAUCCAGGAGCUCCUCAGUUUACCACAGAAUGAUGUGAAUCAGGACUCGAGCAGCCAAUGACGGUGUUACCUGCUAAAUGACAGACACUAAAGGUGCGACUUCACAUAACAUUGAGGGGAAAUUAGGUUUUUACUUGGACUUGACCCCUUAUCUCCAUUUGAAAAAUGAAGGAGCUGAAAUUAUUUUCAGAACAAUCUAGGAAUCAGAAACCUGAAUACUGUACAUUGUUUCCUGAGUAGCCACAAUAGCAGUUAUAGUACAUUAAGGUCAAACGGGAAUCACACGUGUGGACUGAAUCUGAGUAUUGAAUGUUAUUGAAACGUAAUAAAACAAAGUAAGGAGAUGAGGUGCUCACUGUUGUCGUACAAAGUAGGCAAGCUAAAAACAAUAUGGACUGUUCAGUGAGUGAUAGACUCAACAAAUGAUGUGAAAUGCUGUGGCCCAAAUCAGUUCCAUGAUUUGGUGUUUGUUUUCACGUCUUCCUUCUAUACAUGAAUAAAGCUGAAGCGAAUGUUCGAUCUUUAA